AUGGCAAUGAAAUUAAUCAAAGCCAUCGAAUUAAAAAAUGAUUUCGAAAAAUUGUUUGACCAAGGUAACCUUGAGGAAUCAUUAGAUCCAUUGUAUGAAUUGGUAAUAUCAGAAUUUUAUGUAGCUCAAUUAAAACCAAUUCAAAAAGAUAAAAUUAAAGAACAUUGUCAAAAAAAUAUAUCAAAGGAUAAAUCUGAUAAAAAAUCAAAUUUAAUUUUAUUUGCUGUUGAAUCACUUGAUGUAAAAAGUGAUUUAUUAAGAAACAAUUUAAUAUUGAAAUUUAAGGAACUCUUUAAAAAUCAACCACAAUUCAAAUAUGAUUUCGAUUUCUUGGCACUUCGUGGUAAAUGUUUUAUUUAUGCUGGUGAUUUUGAAAAUGCUAUCAAAGAUUUGAAAUACAUUUUCGAUAAUACUACAAUUUCAAAACCAAUGGUAAAUGAAUAUGUUUUCUAUCUUUUAGGUUAUGCCCUACAUAUUAAAACUUCAAAUCCAAGGGAUGAGCCUUCUACCAUGAUUGGCAAUAUGCCAGAAAAUUAUAAAGAUAUUAGAAAAUAUUUCCAAAGAUAUGUAGAUUUAGCUCCAGUCGAUUGUCUUAAUGUUUCAAAAGCUUAUUCAUAUAUGUCAUCAGGUUUUGAUUCUGUUAAUGCAAUUAAAGAUUUACAAAAAUCUAGAGAUGCUGAAAAACUUGAAUUAUCAAUAUUUAAUAUUAAAGAAAGAAGUGAACUUGUCACUAAUAUGUUUAAAACAUUUGAUGAACUUCUUAAGUUAGUAAAUAAAUAA